AUGGAUUUUUUAAAGGAACAAUAUAACACUUUUAUGUUAGAUCUUAAAAAGACAUUUAGAAAUACGAGAGAUGGAAUUUCACAUGUAUUAAAUGUCAUAUGUUUAUUAUUAAAUGCAUUGAUGAUUUGGAAACUUUUAGUUAUAUUUACAGGUUGUGAAUCACCAGUAGUUGUAGUAUUGAGUGGAAGUAUGGAACCUGGUUAUUAUAGAGGGGAUACAUUGUCUUUAUAUUAUCCAAAUAAAAUACAUGCUGGAGAUGUUGUAGUUUAUCAGAUAAAUGGAAGAGAUAUACCAAUUGUUCACAGAAUAUUAAAUAUGCAUGUAUCAAAAGAUGAUAAAUUUCAUAUAUUAUCAAAAGGAGAUAAUAAUAAUAUUGAUGAUAGAGGUUUAUAUGAACCUAAUCAAUAUUGGCUUGAAAAUGAACAUGUACUUGGUCUUUCAGUAGGUUAUACUCCAUAUAUUGGUAUUUUAACUAUAUGGAUAAAUGAAUAUCCUUCUGUAAAAUGGUUUAUUGUUUCUGUUAUGCUUCUAAUGAUACUACUAGGAUAUGAAUAA